UUCCCACCUCGGCUUCAGAGACUCUACACUGAUCUUUCAACCCACCAGAACCAGCAGACAUACUGCUCAUCGCCGUGCAGAAACCUAAACAAGCGCCCUAUCGGAGCAAAUCCUCGCUCCCAAUUUCGACUCUGACUAUCGCACUAUCACACAAUGCCAUCCAUCACCCUCCACCCGCGCGCGUCGCGAUCUCCCUCACGCGUUCCCAACCCUCUUCCCCAGCUCCUCCAAACUCCCUCCGGCCUAGCGCUCUUGGAACUUCAAGGCACGAUCAAUAUCCCUGCUUCCCACGAUGAAAGCUCGCACUCCGCCGAAACUCCCGACGGGGCUUCCGUGUUCGAGACUCCGAUCGGCAAGCUCUUGUUCCCGGACUACUCGCCCCAGAAUCCCGCGGACGACUCGGCCUGGAUGAAGCGGGUCUACCUCUACGUCGGACGCUACCAACGCAUAACAGGCGAGGUGAAGAAGCUGCCGAAGCCCCUGGCUCUCGUGCAGCGGAGGCCGACGCCGGCGCCGGCGGGUUCCGCGGGGGGGCACGAGAGUGACGAAUUGGAGGUGGUCGAGGUGGUGCGAUACAAGAUUUAUUUCAAGAAUCGACCGGAGCCGGUCAAUGACCUUUAGGGGGGGGAACGAGGAUACAAACGAGUGCAGUGAUCUUGUGACAUGCACAGGCUUGCUCCAGGCUACAGUAGCUGCUGGAGAGCUGGUUCAGAUGAAACCUGCCUUGGCGGGAGCAUGUCAUGGAGAUGUCAGAGGCUGAACCUUGUUGCUGUCGUCGUCCAAACUCAAGGGGAGAAGGGGAAAACCUUGCAACG